CCCGGCCGCGGCUCUGAUUCCGAGGGAGACCGACUCCGCCCCGGCCGCAGGAACCAGGUGCUCCUGCGCCCUCUCCCCUCGCGCCACGGGACUAGUCUCAGGCUAAGAAAUGGCGUUUAAGAAGGCAGUGAAAGGGACUAUUCUUGCUGGAGGAGGUGCUCUUGCAACUAUUCUGGGCCUCUCUCAGUUUGCCCAUUACAGAAGGAAGCAAAUGAGCCUGGCCUACGUGGAGGCGGCAGAGUACGUCUCAGAGCCCGUGAACAGGGAGCCUCCUUCCCGAGAAGCUCAGAUACUGACUUUGCAGAACACGUCUGAAUUCGAUGUCCUUGUCAUUGGAGGGGGAGCAACGGGGUGCGGCUGUGCGCUAGAUGCUGUCACCAGAGGACUAAAAACAGCCCUUGUAGAAAGAGAUGAUUUCUCAUCGGGGACCAGCAGCAGAAGCACUAAAUUGAUCCACGGUGGGGUGAGAUAUCUUCAGAAGGCUAUCAUGAAGUUGGAUUUUGAGCAGUAUAGGAUGGUAAAAGAAGCCCUUCAUGAGCGCGCCAACCUGUUAGAAAUUGCUCCCCAUUUAUCAUCUCCAUUGCCUAUAAUGCUUCCAGUUUACAAAUGGUGGCAGUUACCUUACUACUGGGUAGGAAUCAAGCUAUACGAUCUGGUAGCAGGAAGUAAUUGCUUGAAAAGCAGCUACAUCCUCAGCAAAUCGAGAGCCCUUGAGCAUUUCCCAAUGCUUCAGAAGGACAGACUGGUAGGAGCUAUUGUCUACUAUGAUGGACAGCACAACGACGCGCGGAUGAACCUCGCCAUUGCUCUCACUGCGGCCCGGUACGGCGCCGCCACGGCCAACUACAUGGAGGUGCUGAGCUUGCUGAAGAGGACGGACCCGCACACCGGCCGGGAGCGCGUGAGCGGCGCGCGGUGCAGGGACGUGCUCACGGGGCAGGAAUUCGACGUGAGAGCCAAAUGUGUGAUCAACGCCACGGGACCCUUCACAGACACCGUGCGCCAGAUGGACGACAAGAACGCGGCGGCCAUCUGCCAGCCGAGCGCGGGGGUGCACAUUGUGAUGCCCGGGUACUACAGCCCAGAGAGCAUGGGACUUCUUGACCCAGCGACCAGUGAUGGGCGAGUUAUUUUCUUCUUACCUUGGCAGAAGAUGACUAUAGCUGGCACUACCGACACGCCAACCGAUAUUACAAACCAUCCGAUUCCUUCGGAAGAAGACAUCAACUUCAUUUUGAAUGAAGUGCGUAACUACCUGAGUUGUGAUGUUGAAGUGAGAAGAGGGGAUGUCCUGGCAGCAUGGAGCGGUAUUCGUCCCCUUGUUACAGAUCCCAAGUCUGCAGAUACUCAGUCCAUCUCCCGAAAUCAUGUUGUGGAUAUCAGUGAGAGUGGCCUCGUCACUAUAGCAGGGGGAAAGUGGACAACCUAUCGAUCUAUGGCAGAAGACACCAUAGAUGCUGCUAUCAAGGCUCAUAAUUUGAAAGCAGGACCAAGUAGAACAGUUGGACUUUUUCUUCAAGGGGGCAGAGAUUGGAGCCCCACACUCUACAUCAGGCUUGUCCAGGAUUACGGACUUGAAAGUGAGGUGGCACAGCAUCUUGCCUCCACCUAUGGUGACAAGGCUUUUGAGGUGGCCAAAAUGGCAAGUGUGACUGGAAAAAGGUGGCCCAUUGUUGGAGUGCGUCUGGUGUCAGAGUUUCCAUACAUUGAAGCAGAGGUGAAAUAUGGGAUUAAGGAGUAUGCUUGCACUGCAGUGGAUAUGAUUUCCCGUCGCACUCGCCUGGCCUUCCUAAACGUCCAGGCAGCGGAGGAAGCCCUACCCAGGAUUGUUGAGCUGAUGGGCAGAGAGCUGAAUUGGGAUGAUUCUAAAAAAGAGGAAGAACUUGAAACAGCCAAGAAGUUUCUGUAUUAUGAAAUGGGCUAUAAAUCUCGAUCAGAACAGUUAACAGAUCGCUCAGAAAUUAGCCUGCUGCCUUCAGACAUUGACAGGUACAAGAAGAGAUUUCUUAAGUUUGAUAGAGACCACAAAGGCUUUAUUACUAUUGUGGAUGUUCAGCGUGUAUUAGAGAGUAUCAAUGUCCAAAUGGAUGAAUAUACACUACAUGAAAUUUUGAAUGAAGUAGAUUUGAACAAAAAUGGACAAGUUGAACUCAAUGAAUUUUUGCAGCUGAUGAGUGCUAUUCAGAAAGGAAGGGUGUCUGGAAGCCGGCUGGCGAUACUGAUGAAAACCGCAGAGGAGAACCUGGAAGGGAGGGUUCCCAUUCCCGUGGACCGAAGUUGUGGAGGAUUGUGAGUGUGAGCAGUAAAUCCUUGGCCAACAAACAUGGGAAGAACAAAUCGUCAUGUAACAACAGUUACAAAAUACAACACUCCGAAAUAGUAGAGAUGGAUAGCUUCUUUUUCUUCUUUUUCUUUUUUUUAACACUGGGAAACAUUCCAAAGCUUUAGGAUGUUGAUGUAUACCCUUUAUUUGUAUUUGCCAUUCACUCUAGCUUCUAAAAAGUGUAUUUUAUCUUUUUUCUCAUUUCCCAUGCACCCUGAUUACUCUUUUGUAUCCAUUUUGUGACCUGUUAGACUGGACAUGCUCCCUUUUUGUGUAUUUGUUCAUUUAUUCUAAUUCAAUUCUAGAGGCAGAAUAUUUUGGCUGAAAUUGAAAAAAGCAGCUGGAAAAAUUUUGUGGCAAACACAAAGCUCUGGACAUUAGGCUUGUAGAUAGUAUUUGUUCUUAAAAGAAAUGGAGCUAGGAGCGACCUGUUAAAAGGAUAGUUUCUGGAGACCUCUCAGCCCCUCCUUCCUCCAGCUCGGCUGCCUUCCUCGUGCAGACCGUGGUACAGGUUUACAUCUGGAGCACGACUGGCAGAACGGCGAGGGAGGACAGCUUCCAGAUCCGGUGACAGGAGCGAGGCUGAGAGAGAAACUCAGAGCUUCCAGAAUCACAGGUGUAAGAUAAGGAUAGCAUUGACAUUUCUGGGAGUUACACUGAUAGUUUCAUCUCAGCAAUUCGUUUUUUCCCCCUCAGUCACUGCUGGUUUUUCUUUGACUAUUAUAGUUGCCAAGAAGAUCCUUGCUUUCUUUAUUUUAAAACCAGAAUUUCAGUAAUAAGUUGGGUGUCAUGGGAUGAGACGAAAUUUCUUAAACCUUUACAGUAGUAAUACCGUUAAGGGUUAAAAACCUGUGUUUAUUAAAGAUCUACAUGUGAUAGCAUAAUUUUUAAUCCCUAAAUUUUAAAUCUCAGAGCAUGUGAUAUUGUCAAAUAUGACCUCUUGUGCUUCGUUUAUUGGAUCCUUUUGGGGGGGUUGCGGAGCAAGUAUUUGUAAACAGAUAGCCACGAGGAUAGAAAUAGCCCUUCAGUAACUUUAUUUAUAAUUAUUUGUAAAAAGGCAUAACACUCAAGUUCCUUUUGGUUACUAUACAGCCUCUUUCAUUCUGUUCUCAGUGGAAAAGUUCUCAAUCAACCAAAAGAAAAAUAAUAAAACCACACACUACACUCACACACAUUGUCCCCCAGCUCACACACACCUAGAGACACAAAGCACAAACAAGAAUCAAUUUGAAUUGCAUUUAACAAAUAAUGGAUUGAAUUUAAAGGGCCAUUUUGCUGUGCUUUCCCAAUAUUUUGAUGGCAUUUUAGCCAGUCAUCUGAAUAUUUAUUUAUUGUGCCUCCUCUUGUGAGGUUAACUACUUACUUUUUGUGUCUCGAGAUCAGGUUGUGUAUGUAAUAGGAAAUCUAGCCCUUUAUUUAGUGUCACGUUUUCAUUGCACAGACUUAAAGUCUUAGUUUUUUAAACUGGUGCAUAAAACACUUUUGUGCUGCCAUUUCUGUUUAUGCCAACAUUGUAGAAUACCUUUAUGCCUCAUUCGAGUGGGGUAUGAGCCUGGAUGUCAUAAUAUAAACACUGGAAAUUCACUCACUUAAGCACCCACCUCACCUCUGAAAUAAACAGUUAAGGUAGCAUCUUAGCUCCUUUUGUUUUUAAAGGCUGUUGUAGCCUUAGCACUUCAAAAGGAAAACCUAAAACAGAGAAAGGGAUGCUCCCAGGUACCACUGUGAAGUUUUUCUUUCAAAGUGUGAAUUUUUUACACUGGCUAUUUUAUUUUUUUAAAUAAUGGAAGCUUGUGGCUUUGUAAUUUAGUGUUUUUCUAUCAGGACAAUAAAUGUCACUGUUUAGAAUCCAGUGACCCUUAAUAGAUAGAAGAGCUGUCCUUGAACACAUUACAGAUGAUGUGCCACAACACUGUACAUUUGUGCUCCCUCUCUCCCUCCCUCCCUCUCUCUCUCUCUCUCUCUCUCUAGUUAGAGGCGAUGAGGAUGACUUGUAUUCUCCCUGAAUCCAUUGCAGUAGGGACCCCGCUCAAGACCUGACUGGCCUGGGCAGAGCUGUGUUUGUAGCACAGGCCUUGUUUGUGCACGCUUUGCUAUGAGUGAAGUUCCUUUAAGGACAAAGAAAAGCACACUUUUCUUCUUUUGAGCAUAUUUGCUUUUGCUUAAAAUCUGCUAAUUCUAAAACAUACGCUCCUUCAUCGAUCCCAGAGCCUCGUCUUGGAAACGAGCUGGUUCCAAGUCUUCACUGUGAAUAAAUCACCCCCACAUUUUUGUGUAAGUUCUUAAUUAAACCUGCACAGCUUCUUUACCUGAUUUCAGAAAAGGAGAAAAGCGGGGGGAUGAGCCCCUUCAAAUCCUACUUGAAGUGCAAAAGAACUUUUUUCCCCUUUUCAUAUAACUGUGAUGUAGAUGAUACUGUCGGGGUGGCGCUGGGGUGUGUGCGCGCAGAGAUUGUCUUUUAUCAAUCAAGUGAUUUCUUUCAAGAGCCUUUCAGGGGAUCCGGGUGACGGAACCCCCAGCUGUGGUGGAAAGCUGGAUGCUCCUUUAAAUAGCCCGACCACAGUCAUAACAGUAGUGAUCAUGCUGGAUUAUUCGUUAAGCCAAGGUGGCCUGCCUCAUAUCCAUCACGCUGUUGGCAGAAUUCUUGCUUCAAUCAAUUUACUCUGAGUGUAACUUUAGAGUUUCUGCUAUUAAAUGCAUGCCCCUUAUUGUGCUUUAGUUUCUAGCUUUGUUUUGUCUUUUUCAAGUUAUGUAGCUUUCUCUUUUGUACAAUGACAAUUUCAUUCUGACUCUUACUAAACGUACUGUAAGAAUGAUCCCUGACCUUUUUUCCUUCUUUUUUAUGUAUUUGUAAAGAUUUUUGGCCUAUGAAUGUAAUAAUAUUGACACCAGUGACGCUGUAACUUGCACUGUUUUGCAUUAUGUCAACCCUUUUUAGGGAAUAAAAAAGCCCUACUGUUGUUUUUAAAGAAGAUCAAGUAUAAGCCCAGUACCGAAGUGGAUAGACACACUGCAUGUUUUUAAUAUGUGGCUCUUUUAUGUAUCGUGUUGGGUUAUUGUUCUAGAUUGGACUGUUAAAUACUAUGUUUGAGGCUGGGUUGUCAUUUUUAUAACUGUCUUGGUGUUUUAUUGCCAUUAUUUAUUACUUUUGAUAUACGGAAUGAGCUGCAUGCAUUUAUAGAGCAAUAAGAGGAUGUAUUUAAUGUGCCUUGUUUUUAACGGAAUAAGAACUGAAAGCAUGAAUCAAUAAAACUGAUUAAAAUGGUC